AGCUCCGCGCCGCCCCCGCCGUGUCACUCAGCCCCGUCCCGGCCCACAUCCCCCGGGCAGGGCGGAGGCGGCACUGUGUCCGUACAGACACCCCGGUUCCCCGCCCGCCCCGCCCUGUGCCGGCAGAGCGACCGGCCCGCGCUUCCGCAGCCCCGGCCGGUGAGGCCCCGCUCCCGCCCUUUGGCCGCCAUCAGCUCCGCCGGGUGCCGGCGCUGACGAGGCCGCCGGGACGAUGACUUUCCAGUGGACGGCAGUGGCUGCCUUCCUGUACGGCGAAAUCGGAGUAAUUCUCGUGCUCUGCCUGCCGUUCAUUUCUCCCCUAAGAUGGCAGAAGAUUUUUAUGUUUCCUCUGUGGAGCAAAAUGGCAGUAUUUUGGAACAAGAUGUUCCUUACAAUAAUAGUUUUGUUGAUCGUCUUGUUUCUUGAUGCUGUUAGAGAAGUCAGGAAGUACUCAUCUGUUCAUGUGAAUGAAAAGGCUGCAAAUGUCAACAGCAGUGCCUUUGAUCAUAUUCAGAUGAAGCUCUUUCGGUCGCAAAGAAACCUGUAUCUCUCAGGUUUUUCCUUAUUUCUUUGGCUUGUGUUGAGACGUACUGUUACCCUUCUCACUCAGUUGGCAAAAGAGAUGGCAUCUCAUGCAGCUCUGGAAACACAAGUAAAUGAUGCUACUGAAGCAGCCAAAAAAUACAUGGCCGAGAACGAAAGGCUGCAGGAGGCCUUGAGUGGAAAAGGAGAUGGUAAAAAGAAGGAGUCAACAGAUGCAACUGAGGAAAAGUUGAAGGAGGAAGUUGAACAUUUGAAAGCAGAGCUACAGAAGACAUCAAAUGCUUUCCAUAAGGCAAAAACUGAAGUGGCUGCAGUUAAAAAGCAGUCUGAAGGCCUUAGAAGAGAAUAUGAGCAUCUGAUGAAAGAAUUUGAACAGCUUCAGCAACGUUCAAAUAAAGCAGAAGAUAAGAAAGACCUGUAAGCGCAUCUAAGACGGAUGGCAUCUAUACAGUUUCUUGAAUGAGAAAAGGCUUGUGCUGUUGAUGUUCCUGAUGAAUACCUGAAACAAAACUUGAUUUUUCUGAAAAGCACAUGCAUUGCAGGUCACUAUUGAGAUUCCUCUAAUAUAUCGGUUGCCAAAAUGUUCUGUGUUGCAAAUAAAAUGUCAAGUGGCUUACCGGAUUUACCAUGGAGUUUGUCACUGCUCUCGUGAGGAGAAACUCAAAAAUCUUUCAACUCCACCUGGAGCAACCUGUUUACCAAGCUUUUUCCUCCCAUAUUGUUAAGAGAUCACCAUUGCUUGUAGCAUUUGAGUGGGGUUGUAGAUCACACUAGGUCAUAAAAACAAUUACUUAAACCUCCUUGCAGUACCUGUUUGGAAUCUUAAAAAUUCAGUUCCCAGUGGGUUGAAGAAGGCUGAAAACUUUUUUAUCAGUGGAAAACUGAAUGACAAUCAGUCUAAGGAAAAUAAAGAAAGAAACAUUGCAUUUCUAAAUCCACCUCACUAGCUUGUGACUUUCAAUUUAGCCACAUGGAUUUGAGUGUAUUUUAGCAAACAAUAUUUUGCAUGCCUCUGGUUUAUUUUUCUUUAAUAUAUUGAGAUAUUUCAGUUUUGGGUUGGCUGGUGUUAGCAGUCUUUAUUUUUACACUGUUUACAUUGGUUUACUCCUUAUGUACCACCUAACUUCUUUAGCCUUGCUGAGUAAAAAUCUUUUUAAAUGUAGAUAGUUUGGUUUGUUUUGUUUUGUUUUCAUGGAUACGAUACCUCAAAUAAAUGUGCACUGUUUUGCAUAAGACCUUUUUGGUAUUCAGAAAGUUGUUUCGAGUUUAUUUGUUAGUUGGUUCCAGUUUAUAUUUGAAAGUUUGAUAUGUUUGUUAUAUUAAAGGGAUUGUUUAAGUUCA